AUGGUCGCACUUCUGCUGGCAGUCGUCGGCACAGUCGGACUCUUCGUCUCGUGGUUUUUUGGCUUCCUCCACUUCUCCGACCGAUUUAUGAUGCCGAAGAAAAUGACGCCGAAGAAACUGAUCAAAGGAACGAUUGCCGAACUCGUCAGCUUCGUUUUGAUGUACUUGACCUUCUGUUGGGGCGUCAAAAUGCAAAGUGUGAGUUUCUAGGACCCAUAUCUUGGCAACCAGUGAUUUUAUCGAAAAUUUGUAAACUGAGAAAAUGUGGCAAAUUUUGUGCUGAACAAUUUUUGUGUUGAACAUUCUACUCCAAAAUUUUUUAUUCUUGAGUUAAGAGCCCAACACUCUACGGCUCCACAAAAUAGAAGCAAGUUCGGAAAAACACUCAUAACUCAAAAACCCAACGUUUUAGAACAAAAUGCUCAACUAGAAUGUUGUAGAGCAUAAAAUUUCCUACAUCUUUUUAGUUGACCGCUUUGCAAAACAACAAUUAGUACUCAAGAUACAAGCUACUAAACUUUCAGCUCUUCCUGUUCAUCGCCUUCUUCAUCUUCCUGCACUUCUACAUAUUCUUUCUGAAAUUCAGCAAUCAACGCAAGGAAUACCGAUUGAGACUUCCGUUAUCAUCGACUCCUCUUCGACUCUACAGAAUUUCCAUCAGUUUUUUCCUUUCCCUAAUCCAUUUCCUUCUACUUUUCCACCCAUUUCAACUCACAACUAUUGUCGGUCACAUCUUCUUGUCCACCUUUUUUAUUCCAUUUUUUUCAGUCCUCCACAUUUACGCUCAUUUCCUAAUCUCCAAUGUUUGGCGGCUCUCAAAAGCGUACCGUUUAGAGAUUUGGGCGGAUUCUAAGCACGUUGGCGACCUUUUGUACCUUAAUCAGGAAUGGAUCGCGUUUAGUAUUGGAGCGGAGGCCAAUUUCAGUAGACUUGGGGAGAGCGGGCGAGAGCCGGAACCAGUCGUUCAGCUGGAACUCGCCGAGGAUCCAAUCGUCCGAUACUUUGCGAACCCCACACAUCAACUCGAGGUUUAAACGAAUAUUGUAGAGUUCUAUUCUUUAUCGUGGUCUAUAUUGUCUUCGUAUUAUUGUAUUUCCUCAUUUAUCGCCCUCUCGUCUAUUCCUCAAUUAUUGUAGUUUUUUUUGUGAAUUCCCAGUAAUAAACUAUUGUAAGACAUGUACUGAGACUUGAAUAACCGAAAACCUGAAGAAAAGACUAGAAAGUCGUCGAAAAGUGCAAUCGUUCAGAGCAAACACCGGCGGACGUCAAGAGCAGGAGUCAGACGGCGGAAGAGGUUCAUUAGCAACUCCCCAAUUCCCAAUUGUUAUCGAAAAAGCGAGAAACGGAUAAUGUCACGUGCCUUCUGAUCAGUUGACCGGCUCAUUCGGUGUGCUCUUUCUGGGAGCGUGCGGUCGUAUCCGGUUGAGCUCUCAAAGCUCUUCUAGAGUGGCUCGAACAUUGCGUUGGCCAAUGCACCAUGUCUCAUUGUGCACCACAUAGUUUUUCCUCAUCCGCUCCUCAAUUUUCUGCUCAUCUCCUCAUCAGUUCCGUUCCGUUUCUCCUUCCAACCCGUCUGGCCGAUGCACCAUACCUCUUCCUUCCAGAACAUGGACUACCAGUCCGUCUUCUUGCUCCCAGACAGCCCGUUCUUCGAUGAACUCGAAUUCGUCGUCGGCCUCGUCGCCGAUCACAAAGCGGCCGCGUUUCUGUGCUUCCUCGGAGCUCUCACAUUCAUUUUUCUGUACGCGAAGUGCUUCAAACGCUUCGCCCACGCGUGGUUCAUCCCGAAACAAGCGACCAUCGACUCUCACAUGAUCACCCUCAUCAACCUCUUCAUCACCAUCGUAAUGCACCAUUACGCCGGCGUUUGGCUCAUCCGUCUCGGAGAUCUGGUUAGUUGCACUUCUUUGCCACGUAUCUCGGGUGGUUUUGAGGAUUUUUUCAAUGUUAAAAAACAAAUCGACAGAUAAUUUCAUGCUCUACAACUUUCUAGUUGACCAUUUUUCAAGAGCGUAAACCUGCGCUGAGAUAUUUUAGUUUUUCUAAAGUGACUCACUCCUACACCUUUAGAAAAGUGAACUUUAGUAAGCGUGAGUAAGCUCAAGCUUCAUUAGGAAAAGUUCACAACUACAAAGUUGUAGCCUAGAAAAUUAGCCGUCGACUCACUGUAUAAUCAUCAAAAAUCAUUCACUUUUGAUGAUUUUGAUGUUGAUUGAUGAGAGAGAGAUACAAAGUACAUUGAGUCUUUUCAGUUCAACUACCUCCCGAUCGUGCUGCUCAUCGCCGUUCAUCUUUCCUACAUCUGUCACAUCCGCUUCGUCCACUUCUACAAAAUGACGUCGAACCCCCAGACGUUCCCGAAACACGUGCGCGUCAGCCCGAUUGCCAUCUGGAUCUUCGUGCUCAUCGCCACCGCCAUCCACAUCGCCAUCCUGUACCCGGCCGCCGGCUCCGACGACGCCCAAUAUAUCCUGUUCAACUGCUCCGUCGCCUACGAACUCGUGCUUCAGCUCAUCACCGGAUUGGUCCUCGGUCCCCUGCUGACCACCAUCAAGGUCUGCCUCAACACCCCCCUCGUCAGUGGACAACGAGACGACUCGUACGCGGAGAGCAUCCUCGAGCUCAGCGUCGUCAGCGUGCAGAAUCUGUCGAGCGCCACGGUCCCUGGCGCAGCCCAAAGACCGUCUCCGAUCGAGCUGAACACCCUCAACCUCAUGGACGUUAUUUGA